GUUUUAUUAGCUGAUGGCAUUAUGUAUGUAUUUCUGUCUAAGCAGGGUUUGCGUGUGGUAUGAUUGAUAUAUCUUCUGCGCCAAGAACCACCGUUGCCUUUCUUCUUUUCUGAAUCGUGCUGCUGCUGCUGCUGCUUCCUGAUUACCGUACCCGGCGAAUCGAAUCGAACAAUCGUGCUGCUGGCUGCAUCGUCGAUCAAUAUCCCUAUCUAUCUCGUCACUUUGCUUUUGUAGUGCUCCCUCCAUCCAUCCAGUCGCCACUAUCAUUCAUAUCAUGGUCUCGCUCUCCAUCUCUAUAUCAGUGUCUCGGCGCCCAUCCACCGAACAACCACCACCACCUCCCUCCUUACCCCAAAAUCCACAGCCGUCAAUACAUCGUAACGCAGCCAGUAUAUCCUCACGCCGUCCCUCCUACCCAAAUUCCAUCACGCAACCUUACUCCUCUAGUUUCGACUUCUCGCAUCCGGGUCCGGCCCCCGCAUACAGUGCCCAGCGAUCCGAAAGCGAGGACGGGAGUCUCGAACGCUUACUCUCUGCUCCGAGACCGAAGAAGAGGUUGAGCAUUGUGCAGUUCGAGAACGGGCGGUUGAAAAGAAGGAUUAUUAGUAUGGACAGAACCCAAGGCGUCGAGAUUGAGAGAAAGAAGAGCUAUGGGAUUGGUGGUGCGGGGAAUAUUCGGAGACCGUCAGAUGUCAUCUAUCCGGUGAGGUUGAAUGCCGAUGGGACGAGACGGCGGUCGAGUGUGUGGUCGAGUAUUAGUGCGGCGCCGGGAACGAGUCCAGAUGGGAAGAGGAACGGCUUUUUGGGGUUCUUUCGGAGGGGGAGUGCGGCGCAGGAUGCUGCUGUUGUGAGUACUGUUGUGGAUGAUGAUGUUGGGCCGACGAGCAGACCAUAGUAUGAAGACUGCUCGGGCUUGAACGAACGCUGUAAGCAAACAGAAUGGUAAAAAACGAUACUGAAUUCAAAGGAAAAGGCUGGGGCUCAAAUUGACGACAACGUAUCGGAGGGCGAAUUGGGCAUAUUUUUGGCUUUGAGAUGACAAAACGAAGAACAUAACUUAUACCCAUGUAGGAUAAAUGAUUUGGAGAAUGG